AUGGGUAAAAAUUUGAAUGCUGUAUGGAUACUGAUGAUGAUCAUAGCGGUGUUUGUGAUUGGAGGUGAAGCCAAAUCGGAGACAGAAUGCAGUAUUAUUUGCCGUCCUCACUGCGGACCUUUUAAAUCAGCAGGAGAAUGUUCCGACUGUCACAGAAAAUGUAACCAAUCUCCACCAUCCAUGAGGACAAAGAUUCUGAAGCUUCAAAACGGCAACAAACAAUAUGAUUUACAUAACUAA